CAGAACGGGAAAAAGUUUUAUCGGUCUGCUUUUUGGCCAAAUCCUACAGAAAAAACGCUAAAACAAUGAAAGGAUUGUGAAUGUUUUUACAGUGUACGUGGUGCUGCAUGCAGGCACAUAGAGCUCCUUGGACUGUAUUUCAUCUUGAAUGAGGCUAUGGAGCAGCCUUUGAAGUCGACUGGCCCCGCCCCCUUAAGCUCACAGGUGCAUGCAGCGGCCGUGAAUGGAGACAGGAGCUCCUUACAGAGACUGAUCGCAGCAGAGCCAUGUUUGAGAGACAGUGAGGAUCAGUUUGGCAGGACUCCUCUCAUGUACUGCGUGCUGGCUGACCGCUUGGAUUGUGCGGAGACGUUACUGAAGGCCGGAGCCUCCGUUAACAAAGCUGACCGCAGCAACAGGACCGCACUGCAUCUCGCUGCACAGAAGGGCAAUGUUCGUUUCAUGAAAUUGCUCCUUUCGCGGCAUGCUAAUUGGCUGUUGAAGGAUCUUGAGGAAAUGACACCGUUGCACUUGGCAACACGUCACUCCAGCCACAAGCCUCUCUCUCUCCUGCUCAAGCACAUGGCACCUGGAGAGGUGGAUACUCAGGACAGGAACAAGCAGACAGCGCUGCACUGGAGUGCGUUCUACAACCACCCCGAACACGUGAAGCUGCUGAUCAAACACGACUCGAACAUCGGAAUCCCUGACAGCGAGGGCAAGAUUCCCCUGCACUGGGCCGCUCACAACAAGCACCCUAAUGCCACACACACUGUUCGCUGCAUUCUGGACGCUGCUCCCACUGAGUCUCUUUUGAACUGGCAGGAUUACGAAGGCAGGACGCCACUUCAUUUUGCAGUGGCUGAUGGGAAUGAAGCGGUGGUUGAAGUUUUGACUUCAUACGAAGGCUGCAGUGUUACAGCCUACGACAAUCUCUUCCGAACACCGCUUCACUGGGCCGCGUUGCUCGGCCAUGCACAGAUUGUUCAUCUGCUGCUGGAGAGAAACAAGUCUGGUAUGAUUCCAUCAGACAGCCAGGGAGCCACGCCACUGCACUACGGGGCUCAGAGCAACUAUGCUGACACGGUGGCGGUGUUCCUGAAGCACCCCUCGGUACGUGAUGAGCCUGAUCUGGAGGGCAGGACUGCCUUCAUGUGGGCUGCUGGGAAGGGCAGUGACGAUGUCAUCAAAGUCAUGCUGGAGCUUAAGCGAGAUCUGGACAUCAACAUGGCUGACAAGUAUGGUGGAACAGCACUUCAUGCAGCUGCACUCUCAGGCCAUGUCUCCACUGUGCAGUUGUUGCUGGAGAAAGGAGCCAUGUUGGACCCACUGGAUGUGAUGAAACACACUCCUCUGUUCCGCGCCUGUGAGAUGGGCCACCGCGAUGUCAUUCUCACCCUUAUUAAAGGUGGGGCACGUGUGGACUUGGUAGACACAGACGGUCAUUCGGCGCUGCACUGGGCAGCACUGGGUGGAAAUGCAGAGGUGUGCGAGGUGCUGAUGGAGAACGGGCUCGGACCAAACCUGCAGGAUCAUGCAGGCAGGACGCCGCUGCAGUGUGCUGCGUAUGCAGGGUAUAUAAACUGCAUGGCCCUGCUUAUCCAACAUGAUGCUGACCCCAACAUCCAGGAUAAAGAGGGGAGGACGGCACUCCAUUGGUCAUGUAAUAAUGGUUAUUUGGAUGCGGUGAAACUUCUUUUGGGAUGUGGAGCUUUUCCGAACCACAUGGAGCAUACAGAGGAGAGGUACACUCCUCUGGACUAUGCCUUGCUGGGAGAACAUCAGGAGGUGACGCAGUUCCUUCUGGAGCACGGUGCUUUGUCCAUUGCUGCCAUCCAGGACAUCGCUGCCUCGUCCAUUCAGGCUUUGUACAAAGGCUAUAAAGUGCGACGAGCUUUCAAGGAGCGCAAGAACCUCUUAAUGAGGCACGAGCAGCUUCGUAAAGAUGCAGCCAAGAAGAGGGAAGAGGAACGCAGGCGUGAAACCGAACAGCAGCUCUCCUUGGCCGGAGCGCAGCAUCAGCAGAUCUCAUUGGUCCAGGUUGGUAGCGAGAGGCUGCCGUUGGCUGCUACUGAACUCAGCAGUGAGAUUAAAGACCUGAAGCUUAAAGGUCACAAACAUCGAAAAUCAUCAAAGGUGCUUCGUAACCAAUCGCACGACCGGACUGAGAAAAAGCCAAAAGAGCCAGAACACAUGGCCGAAGCUCCAGACACCUCUCAGCUGUCUGAUUUAAACCUGCCCGUGACCUCUCAGAGCCCCAACAGAUCAGACACAAGGACAGAUACGUGUGUGGGUGGUGUGUAUGCACAGGAGGAGUGUGCAUCCAGGCCAGAGCGUCAUUCUCCAGCAGGUUCCAGCAGGCCGGGCAGUGCCAGACACACACACCCUGCUCAUUCGAGACCCAGGACUUCACCUUGCACUCCAGAAACCAACUCUAAACCAGAGCCGAAGACGAGCCAUCCAGCUGUAGCGUCCUCUCCUGCAGCUGCCAGUCAGUCCAGCAGUUUUGUCUCCGUUCCCAUCCAAACAGGACGGGAGAAGAGGAGAACGAAGGAGCCACGGGCUGAAGGAGAAAAGGAGAAGGCAUCCAGGCCCAAGAAAGAGAAGGCACAAAGGGCUGAGAAAGAGGAGGAGAAGAGUUCGAGGACUGCGAAAGAAGCAGAAAGAGAGAGAGAUCAGUGCAAAGAGGUCGAAAAAGGAAAACGAAUGGAAAAAGAGAAGGAGCACAGAAGAAGGGGUCAUAACAGAAGGAACCAAGCAGCGAGAGUGAUCCAGACAGCGUGGAGGAGGUUCUGUGUUCGGAGACGCCUGAAAGAACUGUUGUGUGGAAACAUUAAAAGGCCCGAGCCUGCAGAGGUCACUGCGCUUCUGAUUCGGUUUUUAUGGGAGCAACCACUCCACAUCGAUAACACUCGCCAGAAAGCCAUUUCUCGAACACAGUCACCUCCUGCUAAAGCUGCAGCAAAGAAAAGCUCAGUGCUGCAGAGUAUUUAUGGAGGAGCCCAAGCCAAAAGGGGGCGCUCUCUGAGAGCUGUGUCCACCUUCAACACACACAACCAGAGUCAACUACUGCACGACCUUUCGCUUAAACCCACCAAACAAACGAAUUUUCCUGGCGUGGAGUGCGUGCACUUACUGGACUCUCUGAAUCAAGCCAAGCAGUACUCUUAUCACCUGCGUCCUCAGAGUGCCAGAAGCCAGAACAGAACCAAGGACUGAGAGCACCUUAGCAUAGGUCCAUAACCAAUGACUGAACUGCAGGAAGUAGAUUAAACAGCUUCAUCGAGUGGCACCAACAGACAGAAAACUGACACACGCACAGCAUCAUCUGCUUAUUUAUAUAUUUAUGUCUGGAAACUGAUGGGUUCCAGGAACCUAAAAGAUAUCAGUGAGGUACUGAAGGAGGUCAAAGUUUAAGCCUACAAGUACAAUAUCUGCAGACGUAAACAUGAUUUUUUUUUUUUUUUAUCCUGUUCUACAGGAUGGCAGACUUACACCUGACAUAAAGCCACCUGCAAGAAAGUAUGAUGUAAUACAUCACGUACAAGCGUGAGAUUUUCACCAGAACAAACAUUGACAUUGUAUUGAUCACUUUGUCCACAAGUUUUGUUUUGUUAUAAUUGUUUCUAAGGAUCCUGUAGAAUACAGUUAGGUCCAUAAAUAUUUGGACAGAGACAUCAUUUUUCUAAUUUUGGUUCUGUACAUUACCACAAUGAAUUUUGAACAAAACAAUUCAGAUGCAGUUGAAGUUCAGACUUUCAGCUUUAAUUCAGUGGGUUGAACAAAAUGAUUGCAUAAAAAUGUGAGGAACUAAAGCAUUUUUUAAACACAAUCCCUUCAUUUCAGGGGCUCAAAAGUAACUGGACAAAUUAAAUAAUUGUAAAUAAAAUGUUCAUUUCUAAUACUUGGUUGAAAACCCUUUGUUGGCAAUGACUGCCUGAAGUCUUGAACUCAUGGACGACAUCAGAUGCUGUGUUUCCUCCUUUUUAAUGCUCUGCCAGGCCUUUACUGCAGCGGUUUUCAGUUGCUGUUUGUUUGUGGGCCUUUCUGUCUGAAGUUUAGUCUUUAACAAGGCAAAUGCAUGCUCAAUUGGGUUGAGAUCAAGUAACUGACUUGGCCAUUCAAGAAUAUUCCACUUCUUUGCUUUAAUAAACUCCUGGGUUGCUUUGGCUUUAUGUUUUGGGUCAUUGUCCAUCUGUAUUAUGAAAUGCCGACCAAUCAGUUUGGCUGGAUUUGAGUGGACAGUACAUCUCUGAAUACCUCAGAAUUCAUCCAGCUGCUUCUGUCCUGUGUCACAUCAUCAAUAAACACUAGUGACCCAGUGCCACUGGCAGCCAUGCAUGCCCAAGCCAUCACACUGCCUCCGCCGUGUUUUACAGAUGAUGUGGUAUGCUUUGGCUCAUGAGCUGUACCACACCUUUGCCAUACUUUUUUCUUUCCAUCAUUCUGGUUGAGGUUGAUCUUGGUUCCAUCUGUCCAAAGAAUGUUCUUCCAGAACUGUGCUGGCUUUUUUAGAUGUUUUUUUAGCCAAGUCCAAUCUAGCCUUUUUAUUCUUGAGGCUUAUGAGUGGCUUGCACCGUGCAGUGAACCCUCUGUAUUUACUUUCAUGCAGUCUUCUCUUUAUGGUAGAUUUGGAUAUUGAUAGGCCUACCUCCUGGAGAGUGUUGUUCACUUGGUUGGCUGUUGUGAAGGGGUUUCUCUUCACCAUGGAAAUUAUUCUGCGAUCAUCCACCACUGUUGUCUUCUGUGGGCGUCCAGGUCUUUUUGCAUUGAUGAGUUCACCAGUGCUUUCUUUCUUUCUCAGGAUGUACCAAACUGUAGAUUUUGCCACUCCUAAUAUUGUAGCAAGUUCUUGGAUGGUUUUUUUCUGUUUUCGCAGCUUAAGGAUGGCUUGUUUCACCUGCAUGGAGAGCUCCUUUAACUGCAUGUUUUCUUCACAGCAAAAUCUUCCAGAUGCAAGCACCACACCUCAAAUCAACUCCAGGCCUUUUAUCUGCUUAAUUGAGAAUGACAUAACGAAGGAAUUGCCCACACCUGCCCAUGAAAUAGCCUUUGAGUCAAUUGUCCAAUGACUUUUGGUCCCUUUAAAAACAGGGUGGCACAUGUUAAGGAGCUGAAACUCCUAAACCCUUCAUCCAAUUUUAAUGUGGAUACCCUCAAAUGAAAGCUGAAAGUCUGGACUUUAUGUCCAUUAUAUAACUAUAACCUGAAUAUGUUUCAGUAAACAGGUAAAAAAAAACAAAAUUUGUGUCAGUGUCCAAAUAUAUAUGGACCUAACUGUAUGUCACGUGACUGACUGGUCUGAUCAAUAAUUGGGUCAUUGAGUGCAAAAAAAAAAAAAAAUCACUAUUGUGUACUUUACUUUUAUAUACAGAGUGGUGACAAAUUAAAGGAAAAAACACAACAGCGGUUCUGUUAUGUUGUGGGAGCCAUUUAACAGCAGAGUAUAAAUGCACACUUCUCUGUCAAGUCAUGUUAUUUUCUUCGUGGAUUAUUAUUUGUAUUUUUAAGCAAGGCAACUUCAGUAAUUAGUCCUGAGAGGGUGAACAAAUGCAUGAUUGGCUGUAACAAAGAACAUACUAGAGAUUAUUCUUCGACACUGAACUACACCCCUUUUUUCAUCCAUUUAAUCGUUUUGGUUUUUUUUUCAGGAUUGGUUCAAAUUGUCUGAAAUAUUUUUCUGGCCACAAUUUCAUUUCACGAGUCCUGAAUCAAAAAGGCAUUAACUGCAAAUCAGUAUACAAAGUUCUUUUCAUUGAUCACCUUUAUCUUACGUCGUCAUCAUCAUCAGAGCAUCCUCAGAUGAAUAUCAUGACCUACUUGUCUCCAUAGUCUCCUCUCCUCCGUUGCUUUUGGCAGGUCAUUCUUGAUUAUUUCAGAGUCUUCAAUCAGUUGGUCAACAAACGUUCUUUCAGGACACCCUCUUGGUCGCUUUCCGUGCGUUAGUUCCCAUAGCAACAUUUGGCUAACCACUUCAUCCUUGCUACGAUAGCAAUGGCCACAGAAUUGCAGUCGUCUUUUCCUUAUAGUGGUAGUAACACUGGGAAGAUUGCCAUAUAACACCUGGUUUAUUGUGUAGGACUGCCAUUUGAUAUUAAGUGCUGCUUUUAGAAGCCUUGUGUAGGUCCCAUCUCAUUUUCUUUCCAGUGCCUUUGUGAGGGUCCAAGUAGUGCAGCCAGAUAACAGCACGGUUUCUACUGUUGCUCGAAAGAAAUUGAUCUUUAGCUUUCUGCUCAGGUUUGAUUCCCAUUUUGUUUCCAUUUUCGACAUAGUGGUGCUUGAAAGUUUGUGAACCCUUGAGAAUUUUCUAUAU